AUGAACUGGAACAAAGGCGGUCCAGGAGUGAAGCGUGGGUUUGGUUUUGGAGGUUUUUCCCUUGCAGGGAAGAAAGAGGAUGUUCCCCCUAAUGUUCCCCCAAAAUCUCACACAUCAUUUGGCGCUUCUGGAUCAAGUGGCGGUUAUGGGAAAAGCCCACAGCUUCCGUCUUUCUACAAAAUAGGGUCCAAAAGAGCUAAUUUUGAUGAAGAAAACGCGUAUUUCGAAGACGAUGAAGAAGAGUCCAGCAGCAACGCCGAUCUGCCCUACAUUCCUGCUGAGAACUCGCCCACGCGGCAGCAGAUGAAGUCGGGCGGCGGCUCAGACAGCGAAGACGACCCGUUGGAUGCCUUCAUGGCAGAGGUUGAGAACCAAGCCGCUAAAGACAUGAGGAAACUAGAAGAAAAGGAGAAAAAAUCAACCAAGGGUAUUCGUGAUGACAUUGAGGAAGAAGAUGAGCAAGAAGCGUAUUUCCGCUACAUGGCAGAGAAUCCCACAGCAGGGCUGACCCAGGAGGAAGAGGAGGAAAACAUCGACUAUGACAGUGAUGGAAACCCAAUUCCUUCUACAACCAAGAAAAUAAUCUUGCCGCUGCCACCAAUUGAUCACUCAGAGAUCGACUACCCACCUUUUGAGAAAAACUUUUACAAUGAACACGAGGAGCUAAGCAUUCUCAAUGGCAGCCAAGUGUUGGAGUUGAGGCAGAAACUCAACUUGAGAGUUUCUGGUGCUGCCCCUCCUAAACCUUGCACCAGCUUUGCUCACUUCGGCUUCGAUGAGCAGCUGAUGCAUCAGAUUCGAAAGUCUGAGUACACUCAGCCCACGCCGAUCCAGUGUCAGGGAGUUCCCAUUGCUCUUUCUGGACGCGACAUGAUCGGCAUUGCAAAAACAGGAAGUGGUAAAACAGCGGCAUUCAUCUGGCCGAUGCUGGUUCACAUCAUGGACCAGAAGGAGCUGGAGCCGGGAGAGGGACCUUUAGCGGUCAUCGUGUGUCCCACCAGGGAGCUCUGUCAGCAGAUCCAUGCAGAGUGCAAGCGUUUUGGGAAAGCGUACUCGCUGCGUUCUGUGGCUGUUUACGGAGGCGGCAGCAUGUGGGAGCAGGCCAAGGCUCUGCAGGAGGGAGCAGAGAUCGUCGUGUGCACGCCGGGUCGCCUGAUUGACCAUGUUAAAAAAAAGGCCACAUCCUUACAGAGAGUGACAUAUCUGGUGUUUGAUGAAGCUGAUCGCAUGUUUGAUAUGGGAUUUGAAUAUCAGGUGAGAUCAGUUGCAAGCCAUGUUCGUCCAGACAGGCAGACUCUUCUCUUCAGCGCUACUUUUCGGAAAAAAAUCGAGAGGUUGGCGAGGGACAUUUUAGUUGAUCCUAUUCGGGUUGUGCAAGGCGACAUCGGAGAGGCCAACGAGGAUGUGACUCAGGUGGUGGAGCUGCUGCUCAGCGGAUCAGAUAAAUGGAACUGGCUGACCCGAAGGCUGGUCGAGUUCACUUCCACCGGCUCUGUGCUCAUUUUCGUCACCAAGAAGGCCAACUCUGAGGAGUUGGCCACUAACCUGACUCAGGAGGGCUACAGCCUCGGCCUCCUGCACGGAGACAUGGACCAGAGCGAGAGGAACAAAGUCAUCAGCGACUUCAAGAAGAAAAAUUUACCCGUUCUGGUUGCCACUGAUGUAGCCGCCCGUGGUCUGGACAUCCCGUCAAUUCGCACCGUGGUGAACUACGAUGUGGCGCGCGACAUCGACACGCACACUCACAGAAUCGGCCGAACGGGUCGUGCCGGGGAGAAAGGUGUUGCUUACACCCUUCUGACCAGCAAAGACACUUCCUUUGCCGGCGACUUGGUGCGAAACCUGGAGGGAGCCAAUCAGGCCGUUCCCAAAGAGCUCAUGGAUUUAGCCAUGCAGAAUCCCUGGUUCAGGAAAUCGCGGUUUAAGGGAGGUAAAGGAAAGAAGCUGAACAUCGGUGGAGGCGGUCUUGGUUACAAAGAGAGACCGGGUCUGGGGUCCGAGAGCUCUGAACGUAGCAGCAGCUUGUCUUCUGCUAGUAGCUUUGAAGGCUACAGCAAACCGACAACUGGGGCGAUGGGGGACCGCAUGUCUGCACUGAAACAAGCUUUCCAGGCUCAGUAUAAGAGCCAUUUUGUGGCGGCAACCAGCGGCCCUCCGAAGCUCAGCACCAAGUCCAGCAGCUCCUCCUGUUGGACCAGCGCCGGCAGCCUGAACUCUGUGCCAACAGAGGCCGCCAACGGCUCAGAGCGACCCAACAUGGCCGCCUUUUCAAUGCCUGGUUUCACCAGCGCCGGCUCCCUGAGUACCGUGCCCGCCAAUCCAACUGGCUCACAGCACAGCAGCUCUCCACCCGCACCCCCGACACACAGAGAGACCCCGCGGGACCGACACGGGGAUUCCCAGGGUCGUCCCGGCGACGGCCAUCACCGCCACAGCGACAGGAGCGACCGGCAUAGCGGCGAGGAUCGCUACGGUGACCGGGACCGACACGGAGACAGAGAUCGCGACCGCCAUGGUGACAGGGAUCGCCACAGCAGCCGCCACAGCGACAGCCGGAAUGGCGACGGAAGCAGAAGAGAGAGAGAUGACCGGAGAGGGGACAGGGAUGGCGGAGACAGGGGAAGCGGGGAGGGGAGGGACAGGGGAGACGAUAGCUUCGCAGUUCCCGACCCGCCGAAACGCAGAAAGAGCCGAUGGGAUAACUAAAGUUAGCACAUCUUAGCUCCAUAUGUUCAGCUCCAUAACAAGAGUUGGUCAGUCUAGGCAGGUAGCAGAGCAGAGCUUGAAAGAAGCAGCCAUUUUGGUUCAAACGGUCAAAAAAGUUGGUUUGGACUCAAGGUUUGUUCAGCACAGACAAUUCAUAAACACCAACUGUACAUAUACCAUCCAAGCUGAUGUUGCUGUUAGUCAAGUCGAGCAUAAAAGCUGUGAAUUCUAAUGUCAGUAGAAAAUAAAUAAAGAAAUGCAGUGUAAAAUGCAUUCUCACACAUCCUUAUGCUUGCAAAGCUCAUGCUUUGCAUAUUUUCAUUUUGUGUACUACAAAACGUCAGUUCAUAGGUAAAUGAACAUGUCAAAGCAACUGUGUGGCUCUUUUUGUGUAUUGUAUUCAUGUUUUAGUGGAGGGCCUUUCCAUGGCAUACGUGUAUAUCGCAAAUAAUAAAAACAUGUUUGAUUAAAAGCU